AAUAUCCGCCCCGCUUGCAUUUGUCCAGGGUUAUUUUUCACUACGUCGUUUGUAUAUGCGAUGGAUAUUGCAGACCUUGACAACUUCAACCCACAACCCUUUGUGCAUAUAAAUUUCGGUCACCUCAACUGAUUUCAAUCCGUCAAACUUCUCAGUUGAUUUCCACUUCACAUACUUUUAAGUCUUCUCUGCUACCGUUCCCUCAUACCACUCCAGCCUGCGCUCGUCAUGGAACAGCAAUCCAGCCCUUCGCAGUGGGCAGGGGGCCAUACUGGGGAUGGAUAUGAUCCACACAACAGUAUUUAUGCUCCCUACAGAUCGGGCCAUUCUUUUGCACAUCCGCAGGCACCAGCGGCAACCCUCGUAGCACAACCCGCAGCCGACCUCUCGAGCCAGGGCGUGGAGUUGGGUCCUUGCUUCUCAUUCGGCCCGACCGGUGCUGCAACCCCCGAUAUCUGGUUGGAUCCAGCUGUGGGCGCAAGCCAAUGUGCAAUAAAAGGUACAAUAGAAGGUGCAGGUGUGUGGUCGACGACCGAUGGGUCUCCCGCCUGCUCCAGCUACGACAUGGCGGCCGCGGACUGGGGCCGAGCCUUGUCCCUCCCGUGCCCCAAUAAUGAUGUCCAAGCAGCUGACGAAUCCCUGGUUUUUCCUCGCGGCUCUCCCAUUCCAUCCAUUGCGGAUACCCAUCAACCCCCUGUCUUCCAGUGCAAAUGGCAAGGCUGUCGCAGUUCUGCCUCUUUCCGUCGACAAGUCGACUUGAUACGCCAUCUGAAGACAAUCCACAUCGCCCCCGACGCCUAUCCCUGCCGCGAGCCCAACUGCGGCGUGGCCUUUGGAAGGAAGGACCACCUGAAGGCGCACUCGAAGAUGCACCAUAAGCCAAGCCGUAAGAUUCGCCAUCGUCGUCAAGCAUAGGCGGACCCUGGGCCGCUCCUCAGUUCUUCUGUUGCAGCCUCAUAUUUUGCGGGGUUUAUUUCGGGUUUUCUCUCGCGGUGGGUGGAGUUGGGUUAAUCACACGAGGCCAUUCAACUGUUGUCACGCAUGGAAUGGCUUUUCUGACACCCGCAAAGGGUAAAUGGCGUCUCAUUUUAGCGGUAGAUCUUAUGAGUGUACGUAAUACUUGGUGUAUGGACAACGUGGCACAAUUCAGGGAUAAGACGGCCGUCAAAUCAAUGGCAAAUCACUAUCAUAAGCCAUAAGUGGAAGCAAGUGCAUUAUGUUGCGUUACAGGUUAGAAAUAUCCAGACUUAUAUAGGUCUUUGGUCCCUUACAAGGACGACUCCACAAUAACGCCCC